AUAAUUAAACAAAAUUUACAAAAAUAAAAAAAUAAAAAACACCGAUACGAAACGUCAACAAAACACCGAAAAGAGAGAAGGAGAAACCCCAACGACAUCAAAAAGCCCAAAGGAUCCAAAAAGUAUCUACAAAAUACACACACACACACACAGAGAAGAUGAUUAUUAAAUUCAAAUUCCUUCAAUGGUUUGGCCUACUCCUAACAUUAAACCUCAGCCACGCCUACAACAUCGAUUUGCCCAGUUAUGUGAGAUAUCGACAGGCGAGCAAUUCGAUGUUUGGAUUUAGUAUUGCCCUUCAUAAGGGACAAAGCGAUUACUCUGGCAGCCAAAGCAAUCUAAUUGUUGGAGCUCCCAAAUAUGAUACAUCCCGCAUUCAAAUGGGCGUUAUUGAGGCUGGUGGUGUAUUCAAAUGCAGCCUGAAAGACGAUGACUGCCAAUUGGUGGCCUUCGAUUCAAAAGGUAACAACAAAAAUACUCAAGGCGAAACUAUCGAUCGUAAAUCCUAUCAAUGGCUAGGAGCUACAGUGGUCACAGGACGUGAUAACGAUUUGGUUGUGGCCUGUGCACCGCGUUAUGUGUUCCAUACAAUGACGCCAUCGAGGGCGCUGCGCUAUGAUCCAGUGGGCACCUGCUUCGCCUCGCACAAUUUCAAGCAAUUCCAUGAGAUAUCACCGUGUCGUACAAACAACUGGGGCUAUCAUCGACAAGGCUCGUGUCAGGCUGGCUUCAGUGCGGCAAUCAAUAGUAAUGGAUCGCGUUUAUUCAUUGGCGCACCUGGCAGCUGGUAUUGGCAAGGAGAAACCUAUUCAAUACCGCCCGAUGCCUCGUUUCCAUAUAAGCCGCCUUUUUAUCAGCCCUUCGGCACUGGAGGUCAAGCCAGCUCACAGGAUGUGACAAAGCCCGAGAAUCAAGUGUUCUCCACCCCGGAGAGUUCAUCGGCCUAUGAUGAUUCAUAUUUGGGUUAUUCAAUGAUUACGGGUGAUUUUGAUGCCGAUCGGACAGAAGAUGUGGCCAUUGGAAUGCCAAGAGGUGCCAAUUUGCUGGGCAAAAUUGUUGUUAAUCGUUGGAAUAUGGCGAAUAUAUUCAAUAUAUCGGGCCGUCAGAUUGGUGAAUACUUUGGCUAUUCGUUGGCCACCAGCGAUGUGGAUGGCGAUGGUCUCGACGAUCUGAUCAUUGGUGCACCAAUGUACACAGAACCGAACAAUGUCGAGGGUAAAUAUGAUGUGGGACGUGUCUACAUUCUGCUGCAAGGUGGAUCGAGCCCAUCGGAAAGGUAUACCACCGAGCAUAUACGUGAUGGUUUCAAUACGAAAGGACGUUUCGGUCUGGCCCUGACCACAUUGGGCGAUGUCAAUGGCGAUGGCUAUGGAGAUUUUGCUGUGGGAGCCCCCUACGAUGGUCCGGAGGGUCGAGGUGUGGUCUAUCUGUUCCAUGGCUCGGCGAAUGGUCCGUUGGCAAAACCAUCACAGGUCAUUAUGGCCGAGGAUCUGGUAGAAGGUGCCCCCUAUCCGCGCACCUUUGGCUUUGCCCUCUCUGGCGGUGUCGAUAUGGAUGGCAAUACGUAUCCCGAUUUGGCUGUCGGUGCCUAUGCCUCCGAUCAGGUCUUCAUAUUCAAAGCCCGGCCCGUGGCGGCUGUGAAUGCUAAGACCAGUUUUGCCAGUCCCUCGAAACUGAUCAGUCUCGAUGAUCGCAAGUGUCAAUUGCAGCGGGAUCACAAGAUGGUCCCCUGCAUGCUGUUGACCACCUGCUGGAGUUAUACGGGUCGCAAGUUGCCCAAUCAGUUGAUCUUUGAUGUCUCCUGGCUUCUGGAUGCCAAGAAGACGCGCAAUCCCCGCAUGUUCUUCCUACGCGAUGAGGGUAAAAAUAUUCGCAAUCAAACCAUCAGUCUGAAUUAUGGACAAACAUAUUGUCUCAAUGAGACGGUCUAUCUGGUGGAUAAGGUUCAGGAUAAGCUAACCCCAUUGGAAGUGGAGGCACGUUACAAUUUGCGCAGCAACGUGUAUCCCCAACAGACAUUGGUUAGACGCAAGCGAGAGGCUCUGGAGCCAGUGAUCGAUCAGAAUCGUGAGAUUGUUCUACGCGAUUUCAUCAAUAUACAAAAGAAUUGUGGACUGGAUAACCUUUGUGAACCGGAUCUAAAAUUGGAAAUCAAAACUGUGGAUAAAUAUUUGUUUGGUUCACCCGAACCUCUGACCAUCGAAGUAAUGAUCACUAACAAUAAUGAGGAUGCCUUUGAGGCGGCCUUCUAUAUGGUAACGCCGCGCGAUUUGGAAUUCCGUAAACUGCAUCAAUUGGACGAGAAUCCUGAUACGCCCGUUACCUGUUCGGCGCCAACUGCUGCCAACAAUCAUACGCUCAAAUGUGAUAUAGGCAAUCCCCUGGAGGCCGGCAAACUGGCUCAUUUCAAGAUUAGUUUAGUGCCCGCAGAGAAAUUCGGUAGCUCAUCGAGCUAUGACUUUUAUUUUGAGGCGAAUUCGACAAAUUUGGAGAAACCUGGUUCCCAUUUCGAUAAUAUUUAUCGCAAGAGUGUUGGCAUUUGGGUGGACACCGAUUUGAGCAUUAAGGGCACUUCCCUGCCCGACUAUCAACUUUAUAAGGCCGACGACUACAAGAGCGUGGAGAAUGCCACCGCCGAGGAGGAUUUGGGGCCACAAGUUGUCCACAUUUACGAGAUACGCAACAAUCGUCCAUCGAUUAUCGAAGAGGCAGUCGUCUAUAUUCAUUACCCCUAUGAGACCAUUGCCGGUGAUCCAUUGAUGUAUCUGCUAAAUCAGCCUGAGACCGGUGGACGAAUUCAUUGCGACAUGAUAUCCGAGGUGAAUGAGCGUCAAUUGAAAUUGGAUACCAAAUUGCAGAGGAAAUCGUAUCUGCAUGCCCAGGGAGCCAUCAGUAAUUCGGUGGGCCAUACCAGCAGCCUGUCAGGCUCAUCGUCCGCUGGCAGUGGGGAUGCCAGUGUUACGAUCAAUGGCGAAUCCGAGAGCUCAGGAGGACAUGUGGAAAUCUCUCAGGGUUCAAACCAGGCUGGCCAGGGUGGUGUUGCCGUAAGCAAUGAGAGACGCUUCCAUUUCACGACCAAGCAAAAGGAUCUCUUGGAACGUGAGGAUGCCCAAGAUGCCACCGGCGAUGCCUCUUAUGUGCAUCAGGAUCGUGCCAAUCAAGCGGUGGAAGUAGAGCAGGAGCUACCCCUGAAUCACAGCACCCUGACAACCAGCAGCAGCAGCAGCUACACCAGCACCAAUGGCCAACUUCCAAGUGGCCAAUUGCGUGGCCAUAGCACUCAUGGUUACAUUCAAAUGGCCAAUGGAGCAGAACCACCAAUUGUCACAUCCAGUUCCAGUCAACAGUAUCGUAAUCAGCAAUUCCGUUUGCCCAAUAAUGAACCCAGAACUAUUCAUUAUGCGGGUGUUGGUGGUGCUGGUGGUGUUAGUGGUGGUGGCAUCGGUGGUGGUGCUGGUGGACAAAGUGGUAAUUUCCAUACAUCCACUUUUGAAUUGGGUCCCAUUAAUCGGGGUAAUGUGGACAAUGAACUUUACCGAAGCCAUGCACCUGUUGGUGGUUAUCAGCAACAACAACAUCGUGUUGUUCAUAACAAGCCGUCGUACUAUGGGCUCGAAAAUGAGGAUUACUAUGACGAGGAUAAUCAGGGAGGACAGGGACUGGGUCAGGGCCAGAAUCAGGGUCGUGGCCACCAGCAAUGGUCCAGUUCAAGUAGCAGUUCCUCACAGCGUCGCGUUCGUCGCGAAGAAAAGCCAACCGAAGGACCAACGCAAAUUGAUCUAAAUUCACCAUGUCAGGCAGCCAAAUGCCGUACCAUACGCUGUGAGGUUACCAAUUUGGGUUCAGAUGAUAUUGAUGCCGCUUUUGUGGCCAUACGAGCACGCAUGGUGGCCAAGACAAUGGAGAAGCUGGCCUCCAAUGUGCCAUUGAAUGUGUCUACAUUGGCUGUGGCCAAUGUCACAAAAUUGCCAUUUAUUGGCCAACCAAAGGAUCAGAUUGUUAAAUCUCACGAGGUAUUCUAUAAGGCCGAACCCGAACCAUUGCCAGUUCCAGAUGUUAUAUCCCUAUGGAUUGUGGUCCUUUCUGCAUGUGCUGGCGCUUUGAUAUUGCUGCUGCUCAUCUUUUUGCUGUAUAAGUGUGGUUUCUUCAAUCGCAAUCGGCCCACAGAUCAUUCACAAGAACGGCAACCACUACGUAAUGGUUAUCAUGGCGAUGAGCAUCUAUAGAUAGCCUAAUACACAACAAAAAAAAAAAAAGAAAAAACUAUCAGCAAUACCAACAACAACAAAUACGAACAACUAACAUCGCACUAAACAAUAUACUAACUUAAAAAAAAUCACAUUGAAAGCGCCUAGCCAAGUUUCAAACCCGGCUGCGCUUGCUUUUAAAAGGCGAAAAUAUCUUGUUUGUGUUCUCUCUUGUUUUUUGCGAUUGUUUGCGAUCAUUUUCUAUAUAGUUACCAUAUAACUUGCCUAGUCACGAAAUUAAGAACUUUCAUAAGCGUUAAAAGGUUUUUAUUUAACAAGAAAAGAAAGCAAAAACCACACACACACA